ACUACAUGAGAUGUGACUGAGUUGCAAGGUUGUUGCCAUGUCUGCAUGCGAUCGUGUUUGGGACUGUUCAUAUUGCAUGUAACUUUAUCUUUAUUGUUUUAAAUACUCAUCUACUAGCCUAGAAUUUAUAUCAUUUUCGGCAUGACACAUUUUCCAUAUUUUCGCGGAGUUUUAAAUUUAGUAAACUUAGGUUAAAAAAGAGUGAAAAAGGGAAAGAGUGAACGCUAUAGCUUUGUAUAGUUUUGCAGACAUGGAUGGCCAGGGAUGAGACAGGUUGGUUUAAUGGAACAGUUACACGUUGUCUGUUAACCGGAAGCAUAGUUGGUACCAGUAAUUAUGAAUAUAAUUCAUAUAAUAAACCACACAUUAAAACGUUGUACUACAUCGUUUGGAGCGUUCUCUGACAUAUGUAAUUGCAGCUUUCCCUUUAAGACAUCUGGCAACCCGGCGGAGCAGCGCCCCAUACUCAUCCAACGCUAGCUAGCGAAUGAUUGACACAGGCUAGUAAAUCCAUUCAGGACUCCUUCACAUCCCUUCACAAGUGUCAUGGCCAAGCAAUCUGAUGACAUCACCCCAGUAAUGGGUCACACCUUCAGUGGCCACUCCUUUCAACAUUACUCGGAAAUGAAUCUAGACAGGAUCUACAUGGACUACAAUGCCACCACUCCGCUGGAACCAGAAGUGAUCCAGGCCAUUACUGAAGCCCUCCAGGAUGCCUGGGGAAACCCGAGUAGCAAUUAUAUAGCAGGUGCUAAAGCCAAGGCAACAAUUAAUCAGUCCAGAGAGAAUGUGGCGAGAAUGGUUGGAGGGAAAGCAGAAGACAUCAUUUUCACAUCAGGUGGAACAGAGGCCAAUAACAUGGUGCUGCACACUGCUGUAGAGCACUUCAGGAGAAGCUGCAGGGCUGCAGAGCAACGGGAAGGACACCGGAAUGGAAGCAAUGGCCUUCCUCACAUAAUCACCUCGAAUGUGGAGCAUGACUCGGUCAAACUAGUAGCUGAGCACCUACAGAAAGAUGGCAAGGCAGAUGUGACAUAUGUGCCUGUGUCUAAGGUGACGGCCCGUGUGGAGGUGGAGGAUGUCAUUGCUGCGGUGCGUCCCAACACUUGUCUUGUCUCAAUCAUGCUGGCCAACAAUGAGACAGGAGUCAUCAUGCCAGUCCAGGAGAUCUGCCAGAGAAUAAAGUCUGUCAACAAGCAGCAUGAGCGGCUCAGGAUCCUGCUGCACACUGAUGCUGCUCAGGCUCUGGGGAAAAUCAGGGUCGAUGCCUGUGAACUGGGAGUGGAUUACCUCACCGUAGUGGGACACAAGUUCUAUGCCCCUCGGAUCGGUGCUUUGUUUGUGAACGGCCCGGGAAGAAGGACGCCAUUGUAUCCGAUGCUGUUUGGAGGAGGACAGGAGAGAAACUUCAGACCAGGCACAGAAAACACACCAAUGAUUGCUGGUCUGGGAAAGGCUGCAGAGCUGGUGACCUCCAAUCUGUCGGAUUAUGAGAGUCACAUGCAAAGUACCAAACUUUACCUGGAAGAACGACUGAAGGCCGUCUUUAAAGACAAGAUCCGCUUCAACAGCCAUUACCCCGGCUCUGAUAUCCUCCCGAACACAUGUAACGUGUCCAUCCUGGGCCCAACAUUACAAGGCUGGAGGGUGUUGUCCAACUGUAGGAGGCUGUUGGCCAGCGUUGGCGCCGCCUGCCACUCAGACAGUGGAAACAGGCCUUCUCACAUCCUUCUGAGCUGUGGCGUCCCCUCGGAGGUGGCAGCUAGCGCCCUGCGGCUGAGCGUGGGCAGGGCGACGACCAAAGCGGACGUGGAUGCAGUUGUGGAGGACCUGAGGGAAACUGUGCGGCUGCUGGAAGAAAUGGACUGAUGUGCAUAAACAGUCGUCCUGUAGGUCAGAUAAGGUCAGAUGUAUAGAAUUAAGAACGCAUGAUCUUGUGUUUUACUGUUACAUUCACUGAUCAUGCAAAACAUAUGCAAGAUAAAUAAUAAAAGGGAAGAAGUUGAAGUGACCAGAGGGGUGAUGUUAUGGAGAGAUGACUGUACUCAGCUUCCAUCACGUCAUGUGAGGAGCUAAUCAACUAAUUGGAGUCAGGGCAACAUGUAUGAGUGUUAUGGAAAUAAAAUAUUAACAUACACCUUUGAAUAUUUUCUCACCAACCCAAAGAGCUAUAAAAUAUUAUAUGUAGAUUAUAAUCACCUAAAUGUAUCAACUGUUUAGUCAUCCCCACCGAGAUGAAUUUUUAAAAUAGUUGUAAAAAAUAACACUCGUAAUCCACCGUGCGCUGGCUCCGACUUCUCCCAUUACUUAAGUUUCCGUGCCGCCUCAGCUCCCCCGUCUCCAGUGAAGCGUUGGUGCGUGUGCCAGCAUACGGUCACCGGAGCACAAAGGAGAGCGGGAGGCCACGAGAGCUGCGCCUCCACCCGUCUUUCAUUACCUCUCUAUCUCACAGCCCCCCCUCCCUUAUUCCCCAACAGCCAUGCCGGCCAGCUGGCUCCCUGCUCGGGUGUCACUUUCCUGGCUCGAGAAGAGGCAUGCGAGUGCACGGUUUUUUUUUGUUAUUGAAUGAGAGUUGAGCAUGAGCAUGAGCGAGAAAGCGAUGCUAUCCCGGUGGGAGCCAAAGAGCCCCGGGGAGCCCGCUCCGCAUGCCACAACCUACCCGUAAGCGGCCGGGGAUGGUGCUUCAUCGGGCCAUCCGGGCUGCGCGAGCGGGGGACCUCGCGGCCCUCAGGGAGCUGGCAUCUUCCGGUCG